ACUCUCCUAAUUUCACAGCCUAAGUAGAAAACCUUAUUGUCUUUUGCAACUCUAGCAUUUUGGGUGAGAGGCAGAGUGCUAGAGAUUUGCAAUUCUUUGGCUAUAAAAUACAAAAAAGAGAUGGCUGUUAUUUCUGGUCACUGGGCUUUUACAUUUGGUGUCCUUGGUAACAUCGUCUCGUUCAUUGUGUUCCUUUCUCCACUGCCCACGUUUUAUAGAAUCUACAAGAAGAAAUCAACCGAAGGCUAUCAAUCGAUUCCAUAUGUGGUUGCUCUCUUCAGUUCCAUGCUUUGGAUAUACUAUGCAUUUCUCAAGACCAACACUACACUCCUCAUCACUAUAAACUCCUUUGGUGUCUUCAUUGAAACUAUCUACGUUGGUUUCUACCUUUUUUACGCACCAAAAAAGGCCAAGGUUCAAACUGUGAAGAUGCUCCUAUUAUCUGUGGUGGGCGGCUUUGGUGCUAUAGUUCUGGUUACUCAAUUUCUAUUCAAAGGAGCAGUUCGAGGGCAAGUGGUUGGAUGGAUUUGCCUUGUAUUUUCCUUGUGUGUGUUUGUAGCACCCUUAGGCAUUGUGAGAAAAGUUAUAAGAACAAAGAGUGUGGAAUACAUGCCAUUACUCCUAUCAGUGUUUCUCACGUUAAGUGCAGUGAUGUGGUUCUUGUAUGGUCUUCUACUAAAAGACAUUAACAUUGCUGCUCCAAACGUAUUGGGAUUCUUCCUUGGUAUUGUCCAAAUAGUGUUAUAUGUAGUAUACAACAAAAAAGAGAAGGCAAACCUAAAAGAGCAGAAACUUCCAGAGAUACAAAAGCCAGCAGUCAUAGUGGUGGAUGAGAAGAUGAAUAACACGAAGUUCCCAGAACUAACACAGGAACAGAUUAUUGAUAUAGUGAAGCUUGCCGGUUUACUGGUUUGCUCAGAUAAAGUACACGUAGCCUCGUGUCCACAUGAUACUAAUUGUGGGGUUAAAGUAGAAAACAUACCCAAGCUGCAAACUGUGGAAGAAUAGGGCAGUUGAUUAAUGUCAGGCUUGGAAUUGGCAUUGAUCUCAGUGCAAUAUUCGCGCAGAUUGUUGCCAUUAAUUCCUUAGGUUGGUUUUUCCUAAUACUGAUGUGUUUGUACACAAGUUAUCUCUAUGUAGGCUCAUAUUCUGUGUAAGCUUUCUUCUUGGGAUGUCCUAGUAAAGAAUAAAUAUUCAGUAUUUAGUUUUC